AUGCUCGACGUCAAGGAAGCAACACUAAUGGCUGUGUCGUGCCAUAGUUUCGAGUAUGCACGCGAAGAUACCAACAAUAAUCGUAUCGUCGUUGAGUGGUGCAACACCCCUGAGGGUCCAGCCAAGCAGUACCGACGAGAAUGGCUUAAAGGAGAUGGUAUAUCCGCAGAAAGAAUAUUCCUAUGGAGUACAACCCUUGAAGAUGAUUAG